AUGGCUAACGACGAAUAUGAUUUCCUCUUCAAGGUGGUCUUGAUAGGCGACUCGGGCGUCGGCAAGUCCAACCUGCUCUCGCGAUUCACCCGGAACGAGUUCAACCUGGACAGCAAGUCGACGAUCGGUGUGGAGUUUGCUACUCGCAGCAUCCAGGUCGACAACAAGACGAUCAAGGCGCAGAUUUGGGACACUGCUGGUCAGGAGCGCUACCGUGCCAUCACCUCCGCAUACUACCGAGGCGCAGUAGGAGCAUUGCUCGUCUAUGAUAUCAGCAAGUGGUUGAAAGAGCUGCGGGAUCAUGCGGACACCAACAUCGUCAUCAUGCUGGUCGGAAACAAGAGCGAUUUGCGACACCUGCGAGCCGUUCCCACCGAGGAGGCCAAGCAAUUCGCCAGCGAGAACGGCCUCUCCUUCAUCGAGACUUCUGCUCUCGACGCCAGCAACGUCGAGCUCGCCUUCCAGAACGAACUGACGGAGAUCUACCGGAUCGUCAGCUCCAAGGCUCUCGACCAGGGCGAAUCAGCCCCCGGCCCUGGCCAAGGAACGAGCAUCCCUCUCUCAAGCAGCACACCUCCCGGCGACGCCUCCAAGAAGGGUCAGUGCUGCUAG